AUGCAACAUUGGCGGGAAAUCAGCUCGCCAAUCGACGAGAACGGGUGUACCCCGAGCGGGUUGGCACCGGCAACGGCAGCAAAAGCAGCAACGGCGACGAAUUUGAAGUUCAUAUUGACAGUGCUUUGGUGGGUUGGUAGACAGUGA